AGUUAAAGAGGCGUGCGGAGGCGGGCGCUGCGCACAAGGCUGGAGCGCGCUGGGGAGCGAUACACGUGUCUCUUCGGAGUUAGAACCUCAGUUUAGCCCGCUUCUUACACCUGGGCAGGUUCGGCGCGUCCACUCGACUCCCCUUUGGUGUUUGCCGAGCCCUUCCAGCCGCGCAGCUCCCCGCGAUCGGUGGGCUAAUUUGGCCCGGCAACUUUGCCCCGGGAGUGGAGCCGGGGGGGACCAGGCACUGCGCAUGCGGAGCUCCAAAUUCAAACAGCUGUUUGCAGAGGCUGCGGGCGGGCGGCCGGGGAGUCGCUGGGGCUAGGGGAGCUUUCUGGAGGGGGCGGUUGGCCAGGAGCCAUGGUGGACCGGGGUCCUCUGCUCACUUCGGCCAUCAUUUUCUACCUGGCCAUCGGGGCGGCGAUCUUCGAAGUGCUGGAGGAGCCGCACUGGAAGGAAGCCAAGAACAACUAUUACACACAGAAGUUGCGUCUCCAGCGUGAGUUCCCGUGCCUGAGCCAGGAGGGCCUGGACAAGAUCCUGCAGGUAGUGUCUGAUGCAGCGGGACAGGGCGUGGCCAUCAUGGGGAACCAGACCUUCAACAACUGGAACUGGCCCAACGCGAUGAUUUUUGCAGCCACGGUCAUCACCACCAUCGGUUAUGGCAAUGUUGCUCCCAAGACCCCGGCCGGCCGCCUCUUCUGCGUCUUCUAUGGUCUCUUUGGAGUGCCACUCUGCCUGACGUGGAUCAGUGCCCUGGGCAAGUUCUUCGGGGGACGAGCCAAGAGGCUAGGCCAGUUCCUCACCAGGAGAGGCAUGAGCCUGCGGAAGGCGCAGAUCACGUGCACGGCCAUCUUCAUCCUGUGGGGCGUCCUGGUCCACCUGGUGAUCCCGCCCUUCGUGUUCAUGGUGACCGAGGAGUGGAACUACAUUGAGGGCCUCUACUACUCCUUCAUCACCAUCUCCACCAUUGGCUUCGGCGACUUUGUGGCCGGUGUAAACCCGAGCGCCAACUACCACGCCCUGUACCGCUACUUUGUGGAGCUCUGGAUCUACCUGGGGCUGGCCUGGCUGUCUCUCUUUGUCAACUGGAAGGUGAGCAUGUUUGUGGAAGUUCACAAAGCCAUCAAGAAGAGGCGGCGGCGGCGGAAGGAAUCCUUCGAGAGCUCCCCACACUCCCGGAAGGCCCUGCAGGUGACCGGAAGUGCAGCCUCUAAGGAUGUCAACAUCUUUAGCUUUCUGUCCAAGAAGGAGGAAACUUACAAUGACCUCAUCAAGCAGAUCGGGAAGAAGGCAAUGAAGACCAGCGGGGGUGGGGAGAGGGUCGCAGGACCAGGUCCCCGGCUGGGAUCUCAAGGCAAUGGGUUGCCAGGGGUCCCUGCAUCCCUGGUGCCCCUGGUGGUCUACUCCAAGAACCGGGUGCCCAGCCUAGAGGAGGUGUCCCAGACACUCAGGAACAAAGGCCAUGUGUCCAGGCCACCCGGCGAGGAGGUUGGAGACCCCGAGGCUGGCUCCCCAACCUCUGAGACCUUCAGCAACCAGCUGGACCGCAUCAGUGAGGAAGGCGAGCCCUGGGAGGCCCUGGACUACCAGCCGCUCAUCCUGCAGACCGCUGACAUCACCUUCGUGAGCGAGGAGGCCGGCGUAUUGGACGAGGAGACCUCCAAGUCCUCGCUGGAGGAUAAUCUGGCUGGGGAGGAGCCGCCCCCGGAGGGAGCUGCAGCCCAGGCACCCCUGAACGUGGGCGAGAUCCCCUCAUCUUCAGACGAGUCCACCUUCACCAGCACCGAGUCGGAGCUGUCUGUGCCCUACGAGCAGCUGAUGAACGAGUAUAAUAAGGCCAGCAGCCCCAGGGGCACAUGAGGCAGGGCCGGCUCCCCACCCCGCCCGAGAUAGGGGGCAGCCCUGGGAUGGGAGUGGGGGGCCGAGGGCCUUGUUCUCCUUCUGUCCCCUCCAGCCAGAUACUCCGAUGGAUGUGGUGUGGGCCCAGGACAGGGUCUUUGCCCUCCAGCCAAGCGGCGCCUGGUGGCAGGGAGGCUGCUGUCCUGGCUGGGGCCAUUGUCUUUGGUGGUUGGAGGAUCAUGGGCAGCAGGACUGACCCCAGGAGGGCCUGUGCCUGUGUGGCUCUUCCCCCUGCAUGUGGGUGACUGUCACAUGGUCCGUGGAGGCCUGGGCCUCCGCUGGUCCACCAGUGUUAACGAGCAGCUCUGUGGGGCAGGCACUGAGCUUGGCAUUUUGGAGAGGGUUGGAGGAGCCCACGACACCCGGCUUCUGCCUUGUCCAACCCGACAGUGUUUAGGGACAGGGACAGCUGGGAUGUUACUACCCCAACAGGGGUGAGACCCAGCCCCCUGCCUGCCCUGCUGGUCUGCCCUUGUUCCUGGGCCUAAUCAAGGACCUCGCUGUCCACCAGUACCCCCACUUCCUCCCGUGCCAGACUGAGGGGGAGGGGCCAAAUUGCCCUUGGCUCCCAGAUGGGCUAUGGCCAAAAAAUGUGAAUGGAGCUCCUUUCUCCGGCUCCUGUAUGGUGUGCUUGUGCAUGCAAGUGUGCGUGAGUGUCAGGAAGGGAAGUGUCAGGCUGGGGAGAAAAGAUAAUGUGAAACUGUUUUGGGUGAGAGGCGGUGGGUGGCUAGAACUCCCUGCUGCCUCAGUUCUUGGGUUUUCAGUGAUGCUCACCUAGACCAGCUCACGUCGCCCUGAAUGUUUUUGCUAUAUAUAUAUUUUUUUCUUAAUGAACUACUGUUUUUAUACCUGAAUCUGUUGUUGGUUUCAGAGCCAGUAAAGAGCAGGGUUUAGAGAAUUGGGGUAUCGGAUGUAUAUCCUGCUGUCCCCCACAACUCACCUGGGCCUUUUUGCUGAGCCAAGGCCAUGAUGUCAAGAGCUGUGACCCCUAUGCAUGGUUAGGGAGGGAGGGGACACUGAGGUUAGAGGUGGAGAGGGGCACCUGGCAUGCAGCUGGAUGCUAGGUCAGAGCCCAGGCUGCCACCUCAAGCCAGUACCCUCUGUCCCUACUGCCACCUCUGCUAUGGGAAGUAACCUGGGACCCUAGCAGGGUCCACACACCCUCAUUUUCUGAGCGGUUGCUACAGGGCGGGAAGGGUGGCCUGCGUGGCUCUGAGCGGUUCCUGAGCCCAGCCAACUGCCAGCUGUCCUGGAAUCGUACGCUGUGUACACACUGGCAGUGGCGGCAAAUGUAAUUUAUUUUACCAUUUUUACAAUAAAAUGUGGACAGGCCA